AUGACUGCAGACAGUGGCGCUAGUGGCAAUAUUGCAACAGGAGAGAAUGACAGUAAUGGCAACUCGAAACGGAAGAGGUUCGUCAAAGUCGUUGAAGUGGAUGCACCAAACAAUAUGGACUUGGACGCCUAUAUUGCCAAUUAUAAAGGCCAUACUAAGGUGAAUCGCCUUGAAUUCAUCGCUGAUCGUUGCCCUUCUCUACAAAUUGAUGCCCUGAAGCUGGCGAUUACAGAGCUACGUAAUACAUCCACUCUCAACGUUUCUCGUUAUAUUAAUCUGGUCAAAAAACUGAACGAGGCGGUCAAGUCUGGGGCUCCUGGCAGCAAUAAUGUCAGUCCUGAGCUUUUGAAUGUUGACAAGGCCUGGGCAGAUAGCCAGUUGCAAAAGGCUAAACAACAGGCAGACUUGCUAGAGGGUGAACUUAAAAAUUAUAAGCGCAAUUCUAUCAAGGAGAGUAUUCGAAUGGGAAACAUUGAACUCGGUAACCAUUAUUACGACUGUGGAGACUUGGCGAGUGCACAUCGAUGCUAUUCUCGGACUCGUGACUAUUGCACUACCUCCAAGCACAUCAUCGAGCUGUGCAUGAAUGUUAUCAAGGUCAGUAUUGAGCUCGGCAACUUCCCACAUGUGUCUACUUAUGUUGUCAAGGCAGAGACGACGCCUGAGAUAGCGCAAGAUAAGGACUUAAUCAAGGCCAAGCUGAAGGCAGCUUUGGGCCUUGCUAAUCUAGACCAAAGCAAAUACAGCUCUGCCGCGCGAGAUUUCCUUUCCAUUGGAGAGGAACUUGUAGGUCAUCAAUAUGGGGAUGUUAUCUCCGCAAAUGAUAUUGCCAUUUAUGGAGGGCUCUGUGCAUUAGCCAGCUUCAGUAGAGCCGAGCUAAAGCGAUUAGUGAUUGAUAAUGUUGGGUUCCGGCAAUACCUUGAGCUGGAGCCUCAUAUUCGUGAUUUGAUCCAAGGUUUUUAUAACUCCAACUAUGCGGUUUGUCUGGAUAUCAUGGAGAAAUGGAGGAAUGACUACUUACUGGACAUCCACUUGCAUUCUCAUGUUGAGGCGCUGUAUACUAAUAUCCGUAAAAAGGCAUUAGUUCAGUUCACAAGUCCGUUUUUGACGGUUGACCUAACAAAGAUGGCCAAGAGCUUCUCAACCACAGUUCCUGCUUUGGAGAAGGAGUUGGUAUCGCUAAUCAUUGGUGGACAGAUCGAAGCAAGAAUUGAUUCACAGCAAAAAAUCUUGUGGGCUAAGCAAACGAACAAACGCUCUGCUAUCUUUGAACGCACUGCGGUUAUGGGUCAAGAUUAUGAACGUGAAGCAAAGGGGCUCGUACUGCGCAUCCAAAUGAUCAACAAUGGACUGAUUGUAAAAAGCCCUGCCUCAGAAAAAGGCCCCGCAGGUGCUGGUGCAGGACCCGGUGGAAAUGAUGACUACGACCUAGGUCCUGGAGGACCAGUUUUUCCCCACAUGCGCCAUGGUGGACGUCCCGGCCGUGAUGCCCCCAUGUUUGCAGACGCCAGAUCUAAUGUAUCAAGUUUCUUGAGCAACUUUUCUCGGGACCGUCAUCGUGCUUAA